AUGAGGAGUUGGACCGUGAGAUAGCCGAACUACAGCGACUGAAGGAUCUGAAGGAGGAACGCAAGAAGCAGAAACUUGCCCAGCUUGAGUUGUUGAAGAAGGAACUCAAUGGCCCUCCCAAAGAACACCUGCCAGCCAAACCAUCCCCACCAGCCACGCCAGCGAAGCCCAUGACUGCCACCAAGGUUGCAGGUGGCAGCAGGUUCUCCUUGGCACGUGCCUGCAACAACCCCAACCGUGCAACGAUGGAGAUGGUCAAGGCGUGGCAAGCAGGAGGCGCUGCCAAGGCAGCCCUGAUUGAGAAAUGGGGCAAGUCGGCCGACGUCGCCGAAGUCACACUUGAGCUCAUAGAGGAGAAUCUGCGGGUGGACGACAAGUCCAAGAACGCGUACCUCACACCUGAAGCCGUGCUGCAGCACUACCAUGGAAACAAAGAAAAGGCCGAGAAAGCUAUGAAGAUAGCGGAGGAAGAUGGCCGUACGAUCGAUGACCCAAAUUUGGGCGCAGAGCACAAGUUGUACAAGCUUCGCACCGAGAUGACCGAGACUGAUCUUGUCCGCCACAUCGAGUUGUGGCGCACCAAGAUUUUGCCAUUGGCACAGGACACUCGCAAGGAAGCAGCUGAGCUGUUUGAGACUUUGAUCCUUGCCUGC